GACUGGUAGUGCACGUCCGACCAGCGCCGAGGUCGGACGUAUGUCUGUAUGGGUGAACUACAGUACCCCGGCGCACCAAGCGUCGCAGACGACGAGAGACAAUACAGGGCUCCGUUCCGACGGGCCCCGCAGUACAGAUGGCCGGCGCCGCAGCCCCCACAACCGUCGGCCUUCGCCCCGUGGCGGAGGGCCCCAGCGCCGCCGCGGCCCCAAGAUUAUAGACGGAGCGCCUCCUACCCUGGCAAACCUGAUGAACCCUACCAGGAGAGGAGCGGUUUGGACAACAUGCGUUCACUGGAACAUUAUUUGACAGACAUCAUGAGGGCCGACACGUCAGAUCAUCUAAAAGGCAAGUCGCCGUUCUUCCCCGGGGUGGAGGAAGCGGCAGUGGCGGCAGGCGCGGCGGGCGCCGGCUCGCCUUCCGUGCCCGCCGAUCAGGCGCAAGAUGUCGUCUCCAGACUAAGUGCGGCUGGUCUGUCUAUGUGUGUGAGCGCGCUCGGCUCGCCGGCGCGCUCGUCGCCCGUGUCAGCCGGCUCGGAGCACGGCGAGCGGUUCAGCCGGAAGGUAUUCGUCGGGGGGCUGCCGCCGGACAUUGACGAAGACGAGAUAACGUCAUCGUUCCGACGGUUCGGCCCCCUGGUGGUGGACUGGCCACACAAAGCAGAGAGCAAGAGUUAUUUUCCGCCCAAAGGAUACGCUUUUCUUCUAUUUCAAGACGAGAGCUCGGUAGCGGCUCUGAUGGAGGCGUGCAUCACCGACGACGACAAGCUGUACCUGUGCGUGUCGUCGCCCACGAUCCGUGACAAGCCGGUCCAGAUACGGCCGUGGCGGCUGGCCGACGCGGAUUUUGUGCUCGAUGCCAGUAUGCCGCUGGAUCCGCGCAAGACCGUCUUCGUGGGUGGAGUGCCUCGCCCGCUAAAGGCCGUGGAGCUGGCGAUGAUCAUGGACCGAUUGUACGGCGGGGUGUGUUACGCCGGUAUCGACACGGAUCCUGAGCUCAAGUACCCCAAGGGCGCGGGACGUGUGGCGUUCUCCAACCAACAGUCGUACAUUGCCGCGAUUUCGGCGCGAUUCGUGCAGCUGCAGCAUGGGGACAUUGACAAGCGAGUCGAGGUGAAGCCGUACGUCCUGGACGACCAGAUGUGUGACGAGUGCGCCGGCGCGCGGUGCGGCUCUAAGUUCGCGCCAUUCUUCUGCGCAAACGUCACCUGCCUGCAGUAUUACUGCGAGCACUGCUGGGCGACGAUUCACUCACGGCCCGGACGCGAAUUCCACAAGCCGCUCGUCAAGGAAGGCGCUGACCGUCCGCGAGCGGUGCCCUUCCGCUGGUGUUAGUGAGCGGGAGUGAACGAGAGUGGGCGCUAGUGGGCGGGAGUGAGCGGCACGGGCGAGCAGUUGGUGGGAAUGGCAAUUAUGAACAGACGUGAUUCUCGUAUCUUUGCCAUAGAGGUAAAUGAUGGGCUGUAGGUAUGAAACUGGAAUCAUGUGUUGCAUAAUGAUAUUCAUACCUAAAUGUAGCAAUGUCUGUAUUAAGUCGGUUUUGUUUAAAUAUUGAAUAAUUUUCGAUGUUCCUAAAAGAUAAUUUAAAAAAUAAACUGAUAACAAACUAAAAUGUUAUAAAACAUUAUGCACGUUAAAUCCAAAUGCCACUAAAUAUUUUGCUUUUAAAAUUUCCCAAUACUUUUAAAAUCCAAAAUUUCGGUUCGGUAAUAAAGGUUAGGUUAGGUUUCCCUCGACAUUAACAUUUUAGUUAGCUAUCAAAGCGUUCUUUAAAUUAUCAUUCAGUAAUGUUGAAAGUUUUUAAAAACGACAAUUCAGAGUUGCCACACUUUGUUAUGAAUGCCAUUCCCUUAAUUGACCUUACCCCACUCUACCCCAUACUUCUCGGCCCUGCCGUACACUCGUCCAGAAUUGUUUUAUGGCGGUAGUCUCGUAAUACCGCGCUAAUCACUCUGUUAAGUUUCCUAAAACGGUGUUUCUACUACCGCGUUGAAUCAAUUCUGUAUUAUACAUAAAACCCAAAUCAUACGGAACGGUUUAAAAUGGAAAAAUUAAUCCGAGUAGCGAUAUAAUCUUGUCUAUGACAGACUACAAGGGUUCGAUUUUUCCAUUAAUUGGUAACAAUUGGCAUAAAUGCUGGCAACAUUAUUACUUAAUGACAAAGUACGAAGCGUUUCGAAUGUCACUAACGGAUACGACACACUGAUUGGAAACCGUAAGCUAUUGACUAUGGCAAUAGAAAAUAAAAUAAAACAAUUUAAUAAGCGACAUUAUCCAAUGUUUAAUAUUAAGCAGAAUAUUAUAGAAUUCAAGUACAAGCGUUAAGUUUGCGGCAUCGCUGUCUCCGUAAACGAGCAAGUGUUGCCAGUUGGGAAACUACUACUACUAUUUUGGUAGUUUUCAGCGUUCACGAGGGCAGCGAUCCAGUGAACCAUAGAUUUCGAUAUAAGCAAAAAUAUGUAUCCAAAAAACUUAGCUAGAUGUCCGUUUUGGUAAGCUCUAUCUUGAGAUGGUGACGCGCUCAACGAUUGAAUUGCUGCGAUCAAUCGCUGCGACUUGUCGCGGACGCGUACGCUCACUUAUCGUAAGAUAUUAAAUGUAAGACAUAAGUGGAAUGUCUGGUUUCUCGAUAAAUUAAAAAAAAAACAUAAUUGUACCUGUGUAGCUAGAUUGAAUUUCCUAAGAUUUCCUCGAAUUUCGGUUAGGACGCUCGACUUGGAUAUUGUUGCGAUUGUUUCGUCCCCUUCGUGUACAUUUGCGAUUAGUCGGCUGUUUCAGUAUUACGGCAUGUUUUUGUGUUCAGUAUAAUUUAAUGUUUUAUGUAUAAGGGAUUAGCUUUGUUACUGUUUUCCACUGUGUUAUCGCCUUCAAAGACGAUUUUUGCCGUUAACGACCUUUUAAACUCUCGACUCUUUUCCUAUAUGUUGGUUUGAAUAAAAUUCAAGCUCGCUUACUAAAUUAAAGCAUUAUUUUGCACAAUUUGAUUUGUUAUCUGUCUUAGUGAACAAUGUAACUGACAAUAGAUUUUAACGAAUUAUGUCUCUGUCGUAACGUAAAUGUUUAGCUUUUUUGUGAUUAUAAUUGUCAUUUUAAAGCAUUAUUUCAAUAUUUAUAAAAUUAUAAAUUGUGCUAAAAUUAUAUGCAUAAUAAUGUACUAUAAAUAAGAAUUGCUUUAAUAGUUAGCAAUUAGAAAAUAACAUUUAAAAUGAAGUUUUGCAAAAAAUAUAACGCACUCUGCAUAUAAGUUCUUGCAAGAGUUUGAUAUUUUUUAAAACUGCAAAAUCUUUGAUUUUAUCAUUCAGAAUCAAUUUUUUACAAAUGGCAAACAAAUUGACUAUAAUUUUUCUCUUAGUUAUAAAUGCAGAUGAUGACUAAGGAAAUAUAUCACUUAUAUUGUUUAAUAAGACAAAUAACGAUCAUAAAUUACUGUACUAUUCGAACUAAUUUGAACGCUUCACUAAUUGUCCAUCUCUGUUUAAUCAUCAUCAAUAAGCAGGAUUUGAAUCCUAGUGUACCUAGUACAUGUUAUUUUUGUUACCACGGCACGUAGUUAAUGCCUGUCGACUAUUCCUUUUGACCCGAAUGGGAUAUAUUUAUAUAAUUUUGUUCCUACACUGUUUUUACUUCAUUAGGGGAGGCGGUAGGGACUCGUUUUAGUACAAACGUGUUACCAUUAUGGCUGUAGGCACGUUCUCGAGUUAUUUAGCGUUAAAAGUAAAGAUAUUUUUUCGAUCAGCCGGGAUAGUGCAAUAGCAUAUAGUUUAGUCACUUUAGGAAUAUAUUAACCAAUUUAUUAACUAGUGUAAUGGAAGUUUAUUACUGGUAACACUGGUUUUCUAUGUAUUUCACACAUUUAAUUUAGAAUGCCAUCUAUUGGUGAAACGAUGGCUAUUAAGUUUGUUUUGAAAUUCCUUUACGAUAUUCAAAUACAAAGAGAACAGUGUUGCCAGCAGUCGUUCUUCGUUGUUAUAUGUACCAAAACUUUCGGGGUUUUUCUUUUUCGUUGUGUACUUAAAUUGCGGGACACCGCGCGGGUGAGAUACCGUAUCCCGACGACCACGGACGUUUUAUAGACUGUAGUAAAAAGACUUGCGCGAAUUUUUUGAUGAUUUUUUCAUGAUUUUGAAGAGAUUUUUUAAUGUUGUGUAUCUUUUUCGAAAUUAGAUGAAAAAGGGCUUUAUAGUGCCUUGAAUGCGACUACGUUUGGCGUACCCCUCCCGAUUUUGGCGUUUCCUUCAUCCAAUGGUUGAAACUGUCGCCGAGAUUCAACGUAAUUGCUCAGUUUACAUGCAUAUAAAGAUUGAAGGAACCAUUUCUGUAACUAUCAUCUAUUGAGCAAAAUCACCACCUGUUAAAAUAAUUGAAGAACUAAUUUCUCGGCUACAUAACACCACCAAUUACAUGACACCGUAAUAUUAUUAAACUUCGACACAUUUUAAAACGUCUGGCAUGCGUUUUUCUCAAACUAAGAAGGUAUAAAAUGGGAUAUUACCCCUCGGGUCAAUUUUGCCUCUCCAAUUGAGCCAAUAGAAGGCUUUUAGCAACGUUUUAUUCUGAAUAUUGCUAGUUGGAUGGGGCAAAACGGACCUCUUUCGAUUUUUCUAAACGAUAAGUAGGUACAAUUUGUAUUAAUACUAUAGAGCAUUUUAGUGAAAUUUUUUGCCAUAAUAUGCACGAGUUGUCGACUUUUUGUGUCACAAAUUCAAAAAUAAUGUUCAACUAACUCAAUUAAAUGUAGACAAAAAGAAAUAUUUGCGAAAUAUUUAUAUUUUCUUAGAAUCUAGUGUAAUAAUAUGUAUUUAUAUUGAUACAAAAAGUCGAGCCAUUCGGUCGUCACGCCGUGACAGAAACUCUUAUAGUUAUAGUGAAAUAUUAAAUAGAUUCAGUAAUAGCAAAUAAUUGAGAUUGCCAACUCGUGGUUCUCUCUUAAUAAAUUAAAAAUUAGAAGUUACCUAGGAGAUAAUUUGGACACGCCUCGAGCGGGCUCCGGUUACACUUAAAACUCAUCCUUCACUUCGCUCAGCACCUCGAUUUAACCGUUCCAACGGUCCAGCUUUAUUUUUCUAUUGCAUUUUUAAAUUUCCACUUUGGUAGAAAUUUUUCUUAUGUGACAACACUUUGGGAAAAUUUUGUUUUUGAAUAUCCUUUGUCUCUGAAUCGAUGUGUGACGUCACUGUUUAUGGUUUGGUUUAUGCUGUUUUCGUGCGUUUGUUGUACUCUACCGUUUAUUUGAAUGAAAUUGCUCAAUAUAUAUAUUUGGUGAAAUUGUUUGGUGCCCCCUAACCCUCCUAGUUGAAAUAAUAAAGAGGUGGGACGCGUGAGUGUUGUUGUGUGGUCGCACUGUCCCAUUUUGUAUUUUUGUAUUUUUAUAAAAAACGACAAUUGUGAAUUCGGAAGUGGUUUUUUUACUUUGCGCGCAACGUUUGUAGCUGAACGCUUGGGUGAUGAUUUGUUUUUGUUUUGUAAUAUAACGGUCGUCACGACCCGAUAACAGAUCUUCAAGGAGUUUCAUCGUCACGGGGUGCCUUCAAUUUUACCUUUUAUUUGUUUUAUAGUAACUACUUGUCCUAAUUCGUAUCGUAGUCCGUUUGUUAUAUGGUCUUGUUAUUCGUUGAAACAUUAAAUGUGAAGGAACGUCACGCAAGUUGCUAGCUAGAAUCGAUAACGGAGAAUGUGAUUCGAGUAGUAACAAUUCCCCUGAUUCCUUGAAGGUCUGUCAAAACCCAGCGAUAAAACUUAAUUGGUGUUUAGAUUAUGACCGAGGUGUUUGGGAUAUUGGUCUCUGCUGAGCUUUCGCAUUGUCUAGCUAAACUAUCGUAGAUCCACUAGACGGAAUCUGGAUUAUUCCUCAAGUUGCCAGUACCUACUAUUUGACAGAAGAUUUGUCAUAGACAAAGCGUUUGGGUUUUUAACGAGCUUUUAUCGAGGACGAAGUCGUCUAACCAAACUGCCUUCUCUCGCAAUCAGAAAGCGAAUGAACAUGUGAUUUUAAUAAUGCUGUCUCAAAUUGAUCCUUAACACGCUUUGUUUAAGAUGUGAUCUUGAAUACAAGGCACUGGAGGAGAUUAUUCGUCGAGCACUGUUGAUUCGUAGCCGACGGUUUGAAUGUGUUGUCUAGUUUAAUUGAAACAUGGGAGGAGAUUUCCUAUUAUUUUUAGCCCUCGAUCAAAAGCAAUGUUCUCGAAUAUGACUAUUAAUUAUUUCUAUGUUUUUCGGAGUUUCUUAAUGUCUUAGUAAAAGUUGCAACUAUGAUAAAUAUGUAUGGAAUAAAUCCAUUUUGGUCGGGGGAGUGUAAUUUAAUUUUAUAUAACUUCUUUCGCUCCGCAACGUUUUGUUUUGAUACGAUUUAGUUGAUUUGGACACGUUUGUGUUUAGAGAGGAGGCUUUUUUAGUUGAACGUAUUGCUACAUGCGGAGCGGCAGUUCUCUAUUCGUUUGUUAGUUUGUAGGUUGUUUUGCUUUCUUGUUUAUACCGCGAUGCGGCUCUGUUCUUGUUGUAAGUUGUUUGUUUGUGCUAAUAAGCGUGUGUGCUAGAUACAUUUUUUUUUCCUUUUAGACGGUAAUGUUGACGUUCAUAUCACUUGCGACGCACCACGGGGGGGCAUUGUCACUCUUUUAAUAAAUGUUUAUAAGUGUACAUUUUUUUGUGAGAUUUGUACUCGACGAUGUAGACUUUGUAUUGUUGUUGUUGAUGGUGAUCUGUCGACCCCUCGUCGUUCCCGAGUGAGUUUUUUUCGCACUUUAUCACUUGCAUGUAUAUAGUGGUUCGUACGUUGAACUUUCUUAGUGAAUAGAGAAAAUUUUGAAAAAUCCCGCAAAAAAAGAAACUUUUUUUACGAUUUGCGGCGGCGGAGCGUGUUAGAGGAGUUUUCGUCUUAGCGUUCGCACGCGACGGCGCCAUGUAAAUUCGUGCUAGGGUCUCUAGUGAAAUUGUUGCUUCGCUCGCUGUAAGCGCGUCGACUAGUCCCCCUUGAAGGAAUGUCCGCUUUAACACUGCAUCCAUUUUGACCUCGGCAAUAUAAAAUAUGGGUACAAAAAUGGUCAAUAGUGUCAAAUAAAGCAACAGGGCGCCCAAUCAAGUGGCAAACGAAUUCUUUUCUAGAAACAUUUACGCUACCGCAUAUGAAAAACGAGACAGUGCAUCUGGUCUUUCACUGUUUAUAACGCGAAUCGGGAUAGGCUCGUUUGUUUUCUUUAAAACCGUAAACAUAUUUAGAACAGGAAUCGUUUACAGGCAUAGUUGCACUAUGAAACUAGUCGAUGAUUACCGCAAGCGAACUUAAUUAUUACAUAAUUUUAAAAUAAUAGCAAAAGUAGAGCAAUUGAUCGAAUACAUUACCUAGUUAUGUAUAAUGUAUGAGAAAUAGUACCUAAAUAUUUGAAAUCGUUGCUAGACAAUAUUAUUUUUAAAGAUUUCCUAUGCACCGGCGUCGGUUUUUUUAUAUUCACGUAUGUGUGUCACGUGCUCUCGAUGCUCGAUCCUGACCACACGAUGGUGCAUUGAAAUUAUUUUUUUAAUAGACUUUUAAGCGGCUCCACGCAAGUCCUAAAUGCUAACAUUGGAUUUCCUUCCUACUAGUGGGAGUCGAACGCAACUAUUAUUUAAAUUGGUUUGAAAUAAGAUUUAUAUAUUUUUAUAGGCAGUUGUUUCAGUGACAUGUUGUAUGUAAUCAAUUUUUUAAAUUCGUAAUUCGAAUUUGCUACUCUGUUGCUCGUUUAAUCGCGUCCCGCUCGGUUCGACCGUUUUGCGUUCGGUGUAGACUUGCGACACGUGUUCGAAAUUACCGCUCGUUUCCGAAUUGCGCAGUGUCGUUGUCUUCAGAAUGUCGCGAGUCUACUCCGGGCUUAAACUUGCGACUUUUAGUGACAGCUUUAGUGAGAAAUAAUUAAGAUUAAUUUUAAGCUUUGUUUUAGAAUUAAGCACACUGCGAUGACAUACACCUAUAGUUUGGAAACGUACCUUUGUCAUGGCAUUUGAAGCGGCCGAGUUGAGCGGACGCAAGCCACUUUUUUUUUUUUAAAUGGAAAAUGAAAUAUUUUGUGAAUUUACGCGAAAACUGUUUCUCUCUGCUUUUGUAAAAGGUAGCCGGAUUGUUUAUUAUUUUAGACUAUUGUGAAAAUAUUAAAAUGAAUUUGAAAUCUUUCUCCUGUGUUUCAUCUUGUAGUUUUGUUUGGGAUAGUGCAAUUGAUUUUUUUUCGGGCUACCACACAAAUAUAUCGGUAAAUUAGUUCACAUAAUUGUCACUACUUGAGACAAGAUUAUCAUCAAUUACAGUCGUAGACUACAAAAGUCACCCACUUGCGGUGGUAGCCCGCGUGCUUUCUUGAAUCUUGUGUUGUCACACCCUAUUUUUUUAAGUACAUUUUUUUGCUACGUCUCCAUUUGACCAAAGACGACUACCAAAAAGACAAGGGUCAGCUUUCAGCGCCCAGUGAUUCCUAUAUUUACUUAAUUCUGGAGAGUGGCUUCAGCCGAAGAAUACGUGCGUUUUGACACACUUUAAAAUGAAGCGGCUCGCUUACUGGAAAAUAACGAAGAAUCUGCGUUCUUUUUAGAACAAAGGAGAUUGUCACAGCCCGCUGAAGCCUUUAUUUACUGCAGAGUGGGUUGCUUCAUUGCUAAAGUCAUAGACUCAUGUAUUUCAGGCUCAAACUGAGCUUUUGUAAUUAAUAUAUUUAUAUCACCCAUUUGUUUUGAUGUAUUUUUGAAGUUAUUCCUAUUUAUUUAUUUUUUACUGGAUUUUUGUAUAACUUUUUUUAUUUAACUAGUAGUUAUUAUAUUCACUGUAGUUAGUUGUUUAUAUUUUUAUUAUUAGUGUUAAUCGUUUUUUCAGUAUUUUCCGAUAAGUAAUUUUACACUGCAAUUUAGACUAAGCUUUCGCCAAUAUAAAAAGUUAAACAAUGCACAUUGGCCAUAAGGAAAUAAAUUUAAGUAUAUAUAUGUAUAUUUAAUGACAUUUGAUGAAAAAUACUAGAAAAAAAAAUGUAAAAAAACCUGUUUCUGUCAAUAAAAUACUGCAUCGCAACGUAGAUUCGAAAUUUCUAAUCAGAGCUUUACCGGUGUAAGUGUAUUGUUUUAGUUGUUUUCUUUUUUAUAUAAUAAAUAAUAUUACCGUACAUUUUUUAUAUAUUUAUGUAAAAACUUACUAGGCAUAAACUAUGUAGUUUGAAUUUACCUGUGUUUACAUUAUUUUUUAUCGAGAGUGAAUUAUAUUUUUUUCUUGUUUGAAGUAAUAGAAUUAAUUAUAGCGUUAAAUACUUGUGGGGAAUCGGUGGAUCAAAGUCUUAGAGAGUUACGUUGGUGGUUAGUCGGCCCGCAGACAGACGACGCGUCGAGUUGCGACCACCAUUAGCGUCUCUAGUUAGUGUCCGAGAGUCGCCCGUCUGUUACAGUCACAAGCCGCUGCCUCCAACGUAAACCUCGAAAUGUUAUCUUUUUACGAUUUCCCUUUGUAUUGCGUUUGUGCUAAGUUAGGUUUUCAGAUAACAGCUCGACGCACACGAGCGACUUUUUGUCGCCGUUAAAAAGUUAACACGACGAAUCGUGGACUGUUUAUGUGAGAUCUCCUUGUAUAAACGCGUUGACGCCGAUCCCACAAGUUCGUAGGUAUUGUUUAAAAUUGAAAUACUUGAAUUUUUAUAUGAAUUUUAUUAUUAUAAUAUGGUAUUUUACUAAAUAUUAGUCCAAUAUUAAAUCUUUA